AUGGAGUCUCUCUUCUUCGUCUUGCUCUUGGUUUCCUUCUCAUGUUUCACUUCUUCAGAAGCUCUCACCAGCAACAAUGGAAACAUCACAAUCAAAUGGGAUCUCAUGAACUGGACACCUGAUGGCUACGUUGCUGUGGUUACAGCUUACAAUUACCAGAAACAACGUUCAAUUACUCGACCGGGAUGGAAAAUGAGCUGGAAAUGGACCAAGAAAGAAAUUAUAUGGAGUAUGGUUGGUGCACAAACCACAGAGCAAGGAGAUUGCUCCAUGUUCAAAGGAAACAUCCCUCAUUCUUGUGUUCAUAAACCAACAGUCGUCGAUUUGCUUCCUGGAACUCCUUACAAUCAGCAGAUCGCUAAUUGCUGCAAAGGCGGUGUACUAAAAUCCGGUUUAGAAAGUGCAUUCCAGUUAAGCGUUGGUAGUGCUGGUACCUCGGUUAAGACUGCUCGAAUGCCGGUAAACUUCAUGUUCACGGCACCUAAACAACAGUAUAUCUGCGGACCGACUAAGAAUGUUAGGCCUACGAGGUUUAUAACCGCGGACAAAAGGAGAAUGACUUCAGCUUUGAUGACAUGGAACGUUACUUGCGUCUUCCACAAAGCAACAUGA